AUGAGGUGGAACAACAUCAUUUCGAUUGUUCUUGCACUUGUGCUGGCUUCGUCGAGGACCAGCUUCGCCGAGCAACUUCAACAACGGCAGGAAAAUGAAAAUAAAGGAAGCAUUAUCGAUUGCCUUUUCGAAACUAACGCAGUGACGUGUGCGAAUAAAAAGAUGGCUAAGGAGAUUGACCGAAUUGAGUUUGAGGUAACUGGAAGGACCAGUGAGAUGCCCAUUAGCAAGGUCAUCGAAGAAAGUGGAAGUUUGAUUGCUGAUGAUUUGCAAGCUGUUUUUGGUCCCGAGGAGGAUGAUAGUACUGUCUCCGAGGAAACUGGUGUUGAAGAAGCUCGGAAGAAGAAAUUCGGCAAAAAGAAGAAGAAGCACCUACACAAACUGAUGAUGAUCGGUAUGCUGGUUAAAUCCAAGAUCGGUCUUCUCCUGCAGCUGCUCUCAACGCACUUUCAAGUGAAAUUCUUCGUAAUCGCAAUCCUUGGCUUGAUGAUCAACGCGGCACGUUUCUGGCUGGAUCUCAAGAAAAGCUUCAAGCCAUCCAAGGUCAUCUACUACGAGCACGCUCAGCAUCAGCAUCAUUACGACCACGACGAUGAUCAUGGCAUUUGGGGCAGGUCUUCCGACGAGGCACCCCAAGAACUCGCUUACAACGCCUACACACCUGAUCACUGA